CAACUUCACAACAACCGUACUUGGAAUCGCAAGUGACUCAACUGACCCAUUCUUAUCCAGUAUUAGCUAUGGAUCAGGUUCCUGAUAACAACGGUCUUCUCAUAACUGGCUCUACAGAUGGUAAGAUUAUACACUGGAAUCCACAGAUACUGGCGAAGCCAGCACAACAGCCAAUCAAACUGGAGAUGCCCAAAUCAUCUGCUAUUAGGUACGAUGAGCUAACACCAACCUGUUUCACGCAUUUGGAAAGUGAACACGGAUAUCUAAUCGUUGGAAGUGAAGAUGGCAAUGUGUACAAGAUGAAGAGAUUUGAUCAAAAGUCAAAGACUGAUUACAUUGAAAAGAUAUUUCAUGGACAUAUGGGACCAGUUACCUCUAUUGAGCCUUCACCCGCAUUAUCGCAACUGUUUGUGACAUCCGGUAUGGAUUGGAAGGUAUUUCUAUGGGAUGCUUCACAGGAGGAACCAUUAUUGGAGAUCUACAAGACGAAUGCCAUUAUGGCAUGUCUUUGGAGACCUUCGUUCCCAACUCAGAUUGGGUAUAUUUAUGAAGACGUUUUGGAGAUUGUGGAUCUGAGCAUUGACACUGUGACACCAAUUUGCAGGAUCUCAACAGAGGAACCGUUAACUACCUUCAACUUCACCAAAGACGGUGAAAGGGUGGUACUUGGAGGGUCCAAAGGUGGCAUCUACAUCUAUGCGUUAGAUGUACCAACAAAGAGUGAUAUGGCAAAGUUCAAGAAACGUUUCUGCCCUACAGGUGGUAUUUAAGCCUGGUGAUAGCUAUUCUUUUAGUAUCUAUUCAUUGUGUGCUAUCAAUAGCCCUCUAUUUACCAGUUCCAAAGAACUCAUGGAAGCCAACCAAUGUGAAUCUGUAUCUGACAUCACCAGCGUUCAAUCUGGUCAACGCCUGACUGACAUUAGCUUCGUUAAUGUCCAAAGUCUCAACCCAUGGAGCAAACUUGUGAUCUUUAGCCAAUUGCAAGAGUUCAAUGGCCUCUUUUCUAGAGCCAAGAAGAGAAGCACCGAGGAAAACACCGUUUUGCAAAAAGGUGAAUGGAGAAACUUGUAGUUUCUCAUCAACGUGUGGCAAACCAACGGAAAUGAGCUUCUUGUUAACCUUCAAAGUAGAGAGGAAGGCAUCAACAUCGGUGUCAACAGUGGAAGUGGCACAGUUGAUGAUGGCAUCAAAGUAGUCAAAGUAGUUCUUAGACCAGUCUUUCUCCACGCCGGUGGCAAUGAAUUUGUGAG